ACACGUCUUCGUUUUCGGUCUCGGCGGGGAAACAAAUCGGGCCUCCUCGCGCCAUCGGCCCAUAGCCUUUCCCUUCCCUUCCCUUCCCUUCCCUUCCUCCCCACACGCGUCUCUCUCUCUCUCUCUCUCUCUCUCUCAAUUUGCGAUUCUGCUUUUGACAUCCCUCUGGUUUUGUCGCCUCCCUCUGGUAUAAUCACACUUUGUUAUCUAUCAUUCUAUCUUUGUAUUCUUCUUCUGUAUAGAUUUCCACCACCGACCAAGUUUUUGUUCGGAUUAUAUUCGUCGUCGUCUCUAGGAUUUCUAUCCGAUUUAAAUCUUGUAUUGCUUCUGGGUCUCUAUAAUAUGUAGCAUUCUCUCUCCUUGAUCACCUACUUUUUCUUGGCGUAUUUGUACCCCUUCCACCAAGGGUUUCUCUCUCCACGCCCCUUUUAAUAAUUGAUUCAAAUCUUGAUCUUUGGCAAAUCACAGGGUUGUGCAGAAUUGAUGUUGAAAUAGACGACCAUACAGUUAGUUUUGUUGGUUCUUGGGUUUGGUUUUCUGUCCAGAAUCGAGGGUUCUCCUCCUGUAUGUUCGGUUAGGACUUUGGAUGUUACAUAGAUGCAAUUACCGCUGUGGGAUUAUUGGUGCACCUAUUGAUUAGAGUAUCUGUUGAUGCUUCCUGUUAGGUGGGUGGAGAAACAAUGGCAUUGAAUCUUUGGCACUUUCCAACACAUUCAAAGGAAAAUAGUUUGUUUUCAGGGAUCAAUAGUGGUAAUGGGUAUCGAAUGGAGGGAUGCCCGGAAAAGAAUUCGGCUGGAGUUGCCAAUUUCAGGGAUUUCUAUUUGGAAUUGGAAAAUUCCCAGAAUUGCUCAAGGGAGAAAACUGAGAAGGCCUCUGAUAAUAUUGUUGAUUUGUUGCCGCCUGAUCCUUUUGGUAUGGAUUUAAGUUCUACGUUUACUGCAAUUAAGGGUUGGAUUGAGGAUAUUGAGAACGAUUUGGACUUGGAGUUGAGGUCCCUCGGGUUUUUUACUGAUCCGGUUGAAGCGGAGAGAGUGGAGGAUCGGUUGCCUGCAGGACUGAAUUUGGUUUGUAAUGGUGUGGUGAAGUUACGUCAAAAGGUCGAUAAUUCAAAGAUUCAAGACGAUUCAGUGGGGCAUGAUAAAUACAUAGGGGGUGGACUAUUUGAUGGUAAUAUAGAGGAGUUUAUGCAUUUCAGCUAUGAUAAAUAUUGGGUCUCGAGCGAUCCUGCUAAUGAAUUUCAAGGGUGCUCUGAAACCCAGUGGGAGAGUGAUGGAGGUGCUCCCCAUGAUGCUUUGCUUUUCACUCUUGGGUAUCUGGGAGUGAGGGACCUUCUUUCUGUUGAAAGGGUUUGUAAAUCUUUGCGUGAUGCAGUUCAAAAUGAUUCUCUCAUUUGGAGGAACAUUCACAUAGAUCAGCCGCUAAGUCAUGGGAUCACUGAUGAUGCUCUAUUGCGGUUAACUAGCAGGGCUCAAGGCACUCUUCAAUGCUUGAGUCUAGUGCAGUGCCUAAGGAUCACGGAUAGCGGAUUGACACAUGUGAUUGAAAGAAAUCCAGGACUUAAAAAGCUAAGCGUACCAGGAUGUCUGAGACUCAGUAUUGAAGGUAUCUUGUGUAACUUGAAGUAUUUGAAGGCAGCAGGAAAGCUUCGGAUAAACAACCUAAGGAUCGGAGGGCUCUAUGGUAUAACAAACAAGCAGUUUGAAGAACUGAAAUUUUUACUUGGGGCAGAUAACCGUAAGCAGCUCAGUACCCACAAACCACGGUUCUACGGUGGUGGGAAGUUGUAUCUCUCAUGUGAUGAUGACCGUGCUAUUGACAUUGAGGCAUGCCCAAGGUGCCGGAAACUGAAGCAAGUCUAUGAUUGCCCUGCAGAGAAAUGCCAAGGGAAAAACCAAUCCACUCAGUUGUGUAGGGCUUGCACAAUUUGCAUCGCUCGCUGUAUUCAUUGUGGGUGCUGCAUUAAUGACACUGAUUAUGAAGAGACGUUUUGCCUAGAUUUGCUUUGUUUGGAUUGUUGGAAGCAACUUCUGAACAGUCAGGAGGAAAUGGACGUUAAUUCCUCCACGUGCACUAUUUUCCAUCAGCAGGCAAGGUACCACUUUUGCUUUUAUGGCUAGAAGAAACUGAUAGUCAUAUUGGCUAUGGGGUAUGAGGGUCGUGGACCUGCAAAAAUUAGAAGCCUGGAACUGCUUCAUUGAAACAGUGGAGUCCUGCAAUAUCUUAAAUGCUCAUGGAAAUGGAGAAAAGAGCAAAUAGAACAGCUUUACUAUCCGCUUGAGCUUCUAGGGUGUCCUACUCUGAUGCAUUUGGUGGAAUUAGCUUCGGGGUCUACAGUGUUUAUAAUUGUGGGAUUGGUAAAGAAACCAAAAAUUUCAAAUAUUCAUAUUGGAAAAUAUGCAUGAUCGCACAAAACUUAGAGAAGAUGGGAACAAAGAGAGGCUGGGGACUUGUACAGUUGACACCGUUCUGGACUAAGGGCUAUCUUUUGGUACAGUGGCAAAUGAAGGCUGGGUUUGCAUCCUACUAAAAACCCUGGGGGCUAAUGAAGGCAGAACUAAUGCUUGUGAAAGUGAAGUAGUUUUUGUGUUGGUGGGUUAUUGCUUGGUGGAAUAUAACCUGCUGCCAGUGACAUAGGUUGCAGGUUAUUUGUGGCAGAUGAAGAUGCUGCGCCGCGAUAUACAGCAGGAAGUGUUUUCAGGAGAUUGGAAGGACAAUGAAUGGCAAUUCUUGUUGUAAAUUCUGCAAUGAUGGUAAGGUUUAGGAUACUAUGUGCGUUGCAAACUCUGGUUAGCGACUAAUUUUUUGUUCUCCGCACAUCGCUUACAUGGUGCGCCGUGAUGUCUAUCAAAAGUAGUGUCAGGUAUUACUCAGCUACCGAUCGAUUGUAUUUGAGCCUGUUUAUAUUUGCUACUAGCUGCGCGCAAUGACUUCAAUUUGUGCAUGGUGCAUGACGAUACCCCCUAGGUUGUUUACAAUUUUUUCGCAGUCCGAACUUAUAAUUCUUUCACUGUUCUGUUUAUCUUCA